GCACUCUAGGCUCGGUCAGUACAUUCGAGAUGUUUGGCCAUACGUCGUUGCAGAAACCUAUUGUGUUCCUUACGUAUCACUCACCUCAACGGUCCCGUCAGGCACCGGCCACUGGGUCCAUUGGCAUCUUGCAUCGCCAUUCGUUCUCCACGCGUCCUCAGCGUGUUUCUUUGACGUGCCCUUAUGUGGAUUCUUUGGCCGUCUCAAUGUGGCUCACGAAGGACCCAUAUAAGAGCACAAUUUUCAAGGGGAAUCAUCACAUCAAUCCCCGUUCAUCAUGGACUUCAACGACCAUUCAUUCUGUAACUGUCAGAAGUGCAUCCACACCCUGGGUAUGGACGGCACUCCACCUACGUCUGGGCUUCGAAAGAGACAUCCUGAGUCCGACCCCAAGGGGGAAUGCAGCAAGUCGCUUGCUUUCUGUUGUCAAUUCUGUUUCAAGGUUGGAGGGCGUGGCGUCACCCUCUUUCGUUGCAAAGGUUGCGACGUCACUCUGUAUUGCAGCAAGGACUGCCAGAAGCAAGAUUGGCCUUCGCACAAGGAAAAGUGUCGUUUCAACCAGAGGUCCUCCCAGGCAAGUUGUGAAAAAGAAGAUAAAGAGCUUCUCACCGCGUUCUCGGCCAAACACUCCUACACCUUGUUGAAAAGUGCCGUAUCGGCUCUGAGUCUUUCUGAAGAUUGGCGUCGCUGCAACGACUAUGCUCUCGUUGUGAAGGUUAAGAAACGCGCUGAACGGGCCAGGCCUGAGAAAGCCCUCUAUGCCGUUGCUGCGGAGGUUUUCGCCAUCGAAAAUCUCCCCAGAAAGGAUGACUUGCUAUUCGCUCAGAGGUCCAACAAAGAACUUGAAAUCCGCACGGACAGUAUAGGAUCCCUUCUCGUCAUUCUUUCUGCUCCGGAACUCCAUGUGGGCGUCAUCCGACCUUUGGGUUUCACGACGGACUUCAUCGCUCAGUGGGGAGGCCCUGGUACCCCUUGGAAAUCAGAGUUGUUGAAGGCCCUGAACGAGGGUAUAGUAGCAUAGUCAUCGGAUAUCCUACGCCAUCCACGCCUCUCUAUGAUGUCGUCAACACUGAGCAACAUGUCUGUUACGCCUUUCGGGUCUAUUUGUCCUGUAUAGAAGGUUACAUUUGUGAUACAUUUUAUAUUCAUUCGCUCCG